AGCAAAAUCCACAAUACAGUCACAAUCCAAUCAUCCAGCAUGAGUAGCCAAAGCAACACCAAUAAUAUGCCCAUGGCCGAUUCUUCUACCACCCCCCUGCCCAACAAGCAGCCGAAGCAGGUACCCCCCAAGGAUCUCGAGAACAACGACAGUGCCGACACCAACUUGUUCAAUCCUAACGCAGAACCGAUUGAUAUCUUGUACGAAUGGGACGAAGAGUUGAUCAAACGCAACUAUGUCCUUAAAAAGCCGUUCAUCCUUCGGGGGACCCAACACAUGUGGCCCGCCUCCCAGUGGUCCUUUGACUACCUCCGUGACAACUACGGCAGCUUUAAAAGUAGCGCCGUUUCCUGUUGGCGUCGAGAAAAGACGAGUUCGAGCUAUUUCAUGCAAAACAUUCUGAAUGAAACCAACAUGACCUUUCAGCAGUUUUUUGACGAACACUUUGACAAGGGACACGCCGAAUGGGCCAUCAAGGAAGAUGGAGAUUUCUUUGAAGAACAUCCGGCGCUCAAGGAUGCCGUGCCUUUUGCUCAAGUCUAUGCCGGUGCCAAUCCUUUGGAAGCCAGUAUCAAGACGCCUCAUUUGUGGAUCGGACCCAAGAAUAACGUCACCGGGUUGCAUGCCGAUCUGUACGAAUGGAACAUGAACUUUCAGAUUCAGGGACGAAAACUCUGGAAGUUCUACUCUCCCGUCGAUGAACCCUACCUCUACAUGCAAACCAAGGUCGCCUUGGCGGGAGGCCACUACAGUCACAUGGACGUUUUCCGACCCGACAUGGACAAGUACCCACUCUUUGUCCAUGCCACGGAAUACCAAUGCAUUGUCGAACCAGGCGACAUUGUUUACAUUCCCUACCGCUGGUGGCAUGCCGUCUACUCGUUGGAUACCACCCUCGGUGUCAACUUUAUCGUCGGCGACAACAUUCGAGUAUGGAGCACCUACCUGGAGUUUGCCCGAUUGGCAUUCAUGAGCGGGGAUUUCCUCUGGAUGUUGGCCAAGAUUCCCCACUUUUCGGCCGAGUUGUGGCUGGUGGUCCAGAAAUUGCUAUUGAGCAAGGAAGGAUUGGCGGCACUCUCGUUUGUGGCAGUCGUCGGGCACCUGCUGCUCGCUGGAGGCAAUGUGCAUCCCAUCCAUGUGAUCUUGUUGGCGGUGGGAAUGGUCAGUCUGGUGGGCUCGAGGGUGGCUUCCUCCUGUGGUGGCGUGAUGCGACCUGCUGCCAGUGGACUCAAGAAUAGUGAUUAGGCGAGCUACCGCAGCUACGUGGGUAGGAAGCAUCGGAGCAUCUGUUUGUGAUGGAGCGGCUGCUACCCCUUGCUUGUAGAUGUUUUGCAUAGUAGUAAUGGAUGGAUUAGUGCAUAAUCCUGCGUUUGAAAGUC